UAUAUUUAAUUUAGACAAUGGUAAUCAUUUAAUAUUUGAUUUGCUGCGGGGCAACAACAUGUCAGCGUCCAUAAGCAAAAACAUGAAAAUGUUUUGCGUGAGCUGUCAAAGGUUUUUACAGCGAUGCAAUGUACGUCGGUUUUCAGAUGGACGCGGAUAUGAAAGUACCAUGAAGGGCUGGAUCCGUCAUAUGAGAAAACAGAAACAUGUAAACUUCAUUCAGUUGAAUGAUGGAACUGGCAAACCAGCAGCACAGAUAGUGACAUCACCAGAAAUCUGUUCCAAAGAUGUGACAGAGGGAAGUUGUAUUACUGCAUAUGGAAAAUAUCAAGAAAGCAUUGCACAGGAACAGAGUGUUGAAUUCCUGGCAGAGGAGAUUAAAGUACAUGGACCUUGUAACAUGCAGAAAUAUCCUUUUCAACCAAGGAAAAUUCACUCACAUGAACACCUGCGGCAGUUCCUGCACCUGCGUCCAAAGACCGCCUUGACAUCUGCCGUCCUGAGGAUCCGGAACACCGCCACAAUGGCGGUACACAAGUACUUCCAGGAGAAUGGGUACAUUUUUAUACACACUCCUAUUUUGUCAAGCAAUGACUGUGAAGGCGCUGGACAACUAUUUACUGUUAAGGUCUCAGAGAAAAAUGAUGAUGACGAAAAGAAACCCAUUCCAGAGUUCUUCACUAGCCCAGUAUUCCUCACAGUUUCAGGACAGCUCCACCUUGAGGCCAUAGCAAGUGGUAUCAGUAAAGUUUACACAUUUAGUCCAGCCUUUAGAGCAGAGAGAAGUCAAACAAGUAACCAUUUAGCUGAGUUUUACAUGAUAGAAGCUGAGCUUUCCUUCACUGAAUCUUUAGAAGAUAUUAUGCAGGUGAUGGAAGGUCUUAUAAAGUCCCUCACUCGAGAAGUGAUGGAGACUUCAGCCGAUGAUAUUAGAUUUGUCCACCGGAGAAAUUCUGCCUCCUCUGAUCUGUUGACAGCAAUUGACGACAUGAUAGAAAAAGAAUUUAUAAGAUUGCCUUAUGUAGAAGCACUCAGCAUAGUAAAUCAAAUUUGUGAAAGCCCAGAACUCAAGUGGGGAGAUGAUCUACAGAGAGCCCAUGAGAAAGCCUUGGUGAAGCAUUGUGGGAAUGUUCCUGUGUUUGUUACUGAUUACCCAGAGGAACUUAAGCCGUUUUACGCACGGCUGAAUGAGGACCACAAAACAGUGGCUGGUCUAGACCUGUUGAUUCCAGGGGUUGGAGAACUUUGUGGGGGAACACUGAGAGAAGAGAGAUACGACUUACUUCAUCAGAGAUUGAAAUCAAAAAACUUACUGAGCACUCUUUCUUGGUACCUUGAGUUGAGAGAGUUUGGCUCCUGUCCACAUGGAGGAUUUGGAAUGGGGUUUGAUCGCUAUCUACAGUUCCUUCUGGGCAUGCCCAGCAUCAAAGAUGUCACAGCAUUUCCUCGAUGGACAGGUCGUUGUCAACUAUAGAUUUUAUUUAUAUACUAUAAAUUAGUAAUACAUGUAAUUAAAAUGUGUAAAUGUAAAUUCCUUUUUUUGUCUUCUUUUCAUAAAGGAUUUUGUAUGAUGCAAAUUAAAACAAUUAUCACAAAA